AUGUCAGCUGCGCAUGUCUGUUCCUGGAGUGAUUGUGCACAAAUUGCAUCAGUCUCGUUCGUUGCAACGGUCACGGAGCGAUUACAAUUGAAGGAUAUAAUGCAGGACAAGGCUAAUGAGAACCAGGAGCAUGUCUUCCUCGAGCUUUCUGAAUUGAAUGGCCCGACUGAUACCCGAAGUAUACACCUUUUAGACACGGCGUCAUUUAGUAUCAAAAGCAACACUAUCCCGACUGGAGAUACUGCCGUGGCAGCUCAAUAUGAGACGAACGAAAAGGGCGGUGCAACAUCCGUCCCAACUGAGGAAGUACAGAACCAUGUCCCAACCGAGUUCAGAGCCCUUUUCAACUCUCAACUCUGUCUCCUCGUUCCUUGCAUUUCCCAUGUCAUUACGCUCAGCAGACUGGCAGGCUUGCUUUCCUCGACACAAACUCUUGGGUCGGCUCCGUGGGCCCUGAGGGACUACGUACCAGCCCGAUCUCUUAUCUCGUACGACUGGUUCUUGGGAGUACCGGAAGUGAUAUGUGCAACAACAUCGCGAGAUGUCUUGGUUGGGAGUAACGACGAUGUGGCGACUCUUAAGGACGGGCUGGACUACGAGGCGGGAGAAGUCAUGCCGGAUCAGAAAUAA